AUGGAGACUGUGACAGCCCUGGAAGACCUGCGAGCAGAGGCUAGCUGUCCCAUCUGUCUGGACUACUUGAAAGACCCAGUGACCAUCAGCUGUGGGCAUAACUUCUGUCGCCCCUGCAUCAGUAUGUCCUGGAAGGAUCUCAAUAAUAGUUUCUCCUGUCCUGUUUGCCACUUUUGCUGUCCAGAAAGGAAAUUCAUAAGCAAUCAACAGCUGGGUAAUUUGACUGAGAUUGCUAAGCUACUCCAGCUAAGAAGAAGCAAGAGGAAGCAGCAGGAAGAGAAUCUUGUAUGUGAGAAGCACAAUCAGGUUCUGACCUUUUUCUGUGAGAAUGACCUGGAGAUUUUAUGUCUGCAGUGCAAUUCCUCCACUGACCACCAGCAUCACCGUGUUUGGUCCAUAGAAAAGGCUGCAUCCUUUCAUAAGAAAAAUUUGGAGUGUUACAUUGCAUCAUGGAAGGAGAGUGUGGAACUAUUUGAAAAAGUGGGAACUAUGCAAACCAGAAAAUCACUGGAACUGAAAAAAAAGGUAAAACAUAGGAAAGAAGAAGUAAAGUCUGAAUUUGAGCAACUUAGGUUGUUUCUCCAAAAUCAGCAGGAGACUGUUCUUAGGCAAUUACGAGAUGAAGAGAUGGCUGUUUUAGCAAAACUAAAUGAAAACCUAACAAAAUUUUCAGAUCAUGCCUCCUCAUUAAAAUAUCUAUUAAAGGAGACAGAGCGCAAAUAUGUGAAGUCAGAACUGGAAUUACUGGCAGAUAUUAAGAGUAUCUAUCACAGAUAUAAAAACUUAAAAUGCCCUGAGCCCUUUUCAUUCAUAUUAAAAGAAUAUGGUUACCAUCUUCCUCCACAAUAUUCUGGCCUUAACAAAAUCAUCAAGCAAUUUCAAGUAGAUGUAAUUCUAGAUCCUGAAACAGCACAUCGUAAACUUUUUGUCUCAGAAGAUAGAAAAACUGUGCGAUAUGGAAAUACAAUGCAAAACUUACCUCAUAACCCAGGAAGAUUUUAUCUCUGCCCAGCUGUCUUGGGUUCUAAUGCAUAUCAGUCUGGCAGGCAGUACUGGGAAAUAGAAGUGAAAGACAAGCCUGAAUGGGUUGUGGGUGUCUGUGAUGACUCUCUUCCCAGAAGGAAGAAGAGUCAGAAUCAACCAAUAUCGGUAAAGAAUGGAUUAUGGGGAAUUGGGCGAUGUAGUCAGAGUAAUUAUAUUGCACUGGGUCCUAGGAAAGCUAAUCUUCUGCCAAAAGUAAUACCUAGUAAGAUUGGCAUUUUUUUAGACUUUGAAAUGAGUGAGGUUUCCUUUUACAAUUUGAAUGAUAGAUCUCUUCUGUAUACUUUCAAUGACCAUUUCACAGGAAGACUUUGGCCUUAUUUCUAUACUGGAACUGACUCAAAACCUCUUAAAAUCUGUACAGUAACAGAUUCUGAAUGAUGAACUAUUGAAAGACUCUCAUUUGUUUCUUUUU